GUAUAUGUAUACGUGAUACCGAACUCUGAAUUAUCACACGUUAAAUUCUGGAUGAACACGAGGAGGGAAAAUUAAACGACACGGAAUCGACUCUGGGUUUUAUUUAUGCGCGUCGAGAAUCGGAGAAUCCACACUGCUCUUUAAAUCCGGACUCGCAGAAUCGAAUCUUUUCGGAAUCGACUCGUUCCUGGAAUCGACUCCAAACCCCAGGCUGACAGAUGCAGAUAUUAGCAUUGCCGAGUUAGCUAGCGGCAUUAUCUCGUAACGCGGACGUUAAAGGGCGUUUUAAGCGUUUACACUUUACAAAACCAAGCUUAAUGAUGUUAAACAGAGGCCCAUCUCUCUAAAAUAACGUAUUCCUUCUCUAAUUUUUGACGUUAUAUGUUUUAUAGAUAGAAAAUUUUAAUCCGCGUUGACGAGGAAAGCUUUCAGUUAUGAAAGCGCGUGCAGGCUAACUUACUGUCUCAGCUAAUAACUGUGCUAUUAAUAAGUACUUUUUUUCUUCUUUUUCUUCGAGAUACACACUUUUGGGUUGAGGUUUUACAACAAACUGCAUGGUUUUAUGUUCUAAAUUGUUCAAAUAGUGAAGUGAACAGUUGUCAGCAAUACUAAUGAUUCACAUAAGCGCCGAUGAAACAACAUGACUCAGCCUGAAAUACUCCCUGUUAGCCGCUUGGUGAGCAUCGCAGACUAGAUGAAGGAGCCAGGCCACACGGAAGCUGAGUGGAGAAUUCAACAUGAAGUUGUACGUGUUCCAGGUCAAUAACGGGAGCACGUUGACGUUCGACACCGAACUAGCCGUGCAAACUGUUCUGGACCUCAAACAUGCCAUCCAGGCUAAGUACAAGAUCGCCACUCAGCAUCAGGUGCUGGUGGUUAAUGGCGGCGAGUGUAUGGUGGCCGAGAGGAGAGUGUGUAGCUACAGUGCUGGCACGGAUACAAACCCCAUCUUUUUGUUCAACAAAGAGAUGAUCUUGUGCGACCGUGCGCCGACGAUCCCCAAAACCACCUUCUCCGUCGAGAACGAGAUGGAGAUGAAGGUGGAGGAGUCGCUCAUGAUGCCGGCCGUGUUUCACACCGUGGCCUCGCGGACGCAGCUCGCUGUGGAAAUGUUUGAAGUUGCGAAGAAGCUGUGCUCCUUCUGUGAACGCCUGGUCCACGAUGAACACCUUCAGCACCAGGGCUGGGCUGCCAUCAUGGCCAACCUGGACGACUGCACCGCGUCCUAUCAGAAGCUGCUCUUGAAAUUCGACGUGGCCUACACUAAUUACCAACAGGAUUUCGAAGACAUCAAACUGAAGCUGACAAAGCUCGGGACGGCCGUCUCGGUCAUGGCUAAGAUCCCGCUGCUGGAGUGCCUGACCCGCCACAGCUACAGAGAAAGCCUGGAGAAAUCCUCUUCGCCUCGUCCCAGGACCGAGGCCGAGCCUGACGUCGGAGAAGGACGACAGACGUCCUCCCAGUCGGCCAUCUUGUGCCCGACGGAGGUCCGGCAGACUUCAGGAGGCUCUGCGGCUCAGGACGGAGCGGUGGGGAGGAGCAGCAGCAGCAACUGCGGGCUUCAAGAGGCACUGGAGGAAGAAAAGGAGCAGGACGAGGCGGACAAAAUGGCGGACGCUCCUUCGUUUAACGUCACGCUGCUGGACUGGAUCAAUGUACAGGACCGACCCAAUGACGUCGAGGCUGUAGUGAGGAAGUGCUUCGACUCCAUCAACAGACUCGAUCCGCGGAUUAUUCAGCCGUUUCUUGUCGAGUGCCGGGACACCAUCACCAAACUGGAUAAUCAAAACAUGAAGGCCAUAAAGGGGCUCGAAGACAGAUUGUACGCACUCGACCAAAUGAUCGCCAGCUGCAAGAAGCUAGUGAACGAACAGAAGGAGCUCGCUCAGGGAUUUUUAGCCAAUCAGAUGAGGGCUGAAAACCUGAAGGACAACUCGGUGCUGCCGGACCUGUGUCUGAGUCACGCCAAUCAGCUGAUGAUCAUGCUGACCAACCACAGGAAGCUGCUGGACAUUAAGCAGAAGUGCACGACUGCCAAACAGGAACUGGCCAACAACCUGCAAGUCCGUCUCAAAUGGUGCUGCUACGUGAUGCUGCAUGCGGAUCAGGAUGGCGAGAAGCUCCAAGCGCUGCUGCGCCUCCUGACCGAGCUGCUGGAGCGAGUGCGCGUGGUGGAAGCCCUCAGUACUGUCCCGCAGAUGUACUGCCUGGCCGUGGUGGAGGUGGUGCGCCGGAAAAUGUUCAUUAAACACUACAGAGAGUGGGCCAAUGCCCUGGUUAAAGAUGGGAAAAACCUCUAUGAGGCAGAGAAGGUCAAAAGGGAGACGUUUGGCAAGCUGUUCAGAAAGUCGUUCCUCAGAAAUCGCUUGUUUCGAGGACUCGACUCAUGGCCUCCCUCGUCGUUUUGCACAAGAAAGCCUCGCAAGUUUGACUUUGAGCUUCCGGACAUUUCUCUGAACGACCUGCAGUAUCUGAAGAGCUGCUGUCCUGCUGAAGUGCAGCCUUUUCUCAGGGUUCCAUCACUAUGUGAUUUUGAGCCAUUAAACCAUCAUACAGAAGCUCUUCACCAGCUGGUACAAGCAGCUCGGAGUGUAGACGAGAUGUCUCAAACCAUCACAGACUUACUGAGUGAACUGAAGGUUUCUGGGAGCCAGAGUGCACGGAGACCCAGCUCGGAAAGCAGAACAGAGACCAUGCCCACCUCAUCUAAAACCCUUCCUGCCCUCAGUAUACAGUCUCCACCCACUCAGCCCCUCUCCCUUCCAGCUCCAUUAGAAGAUCUGUCCCCUGACAGUAUAGACGCCCAUACGUUUGACUUUGAAACCAUAGGACACCCCAACAUGGAUCCUGUGCUCCAGCAGGGCUCUCUGGACCUGGACUCUUUAGCCGAGAGCCCGGAGUCAGACUUCAUGUCAGCGGUCAAUGAGUUUGUCAUCGAAGAGAAUGUAACGUCACCCAAUCCCAUCAGUGAUCCUACAAGUCCUGAGAUGAUGGUCGAGUCUCUUUACUCCUCUGUCAUCAAUGCUAUAGAUAGCAAAAGGAUCCAGGACACGACCAUGCUCGAGAGAGAGAACUCCAGAAUCACGAAGCUCAAGCUGACCAUAGACAAGUACCGUUCAGCUGCCGAGGAGUCUCAGAGCAACAUGAGGAAAGUCAAGGAUGACCUCUGUCAUUUCCAAGGACUUGUUUUGAAAGAGCAGCGGGACUUUGGCUUCGCCUUGAAGAAGAUGAGCGCAGAAAUUCACAGCGUGGUCAACAACAUCAGACGUCGUCAGGAAGAGGAACUCCGAGAGGCACACCAGAACGAGCUCCAAAAGCUGAAAGAUGAUCACGCAAAGCACGUCCUCCGGCUUACUGACGAGUUGGAAGGGAACCACAAGAUCGUCCGGGACGUCCAGAGGGCCAUGCUCGAACUCGAAGGGCUUGUGGAAAGGAAAGAGAAAGAGCUGGCUCAGAUGGAGGGCGAGAGAGAACGCUUACUCCAGGAGAUACGCAACAGCCACCAGCAGGCUGUCCAGGAGUUGGAGAGGAACCUUUCAGAGCAAAGCAAGGCACUUCAAGACACCUUGCGUUCCAGAGACGCCCUCGCCGACCAGCUGGACGGCCUGCAAGUCGAGAUUGAGAGGAAGAUACGCCAAGAAAUGGAGAACGCGGAGAAGAACCAUCUCCAAGACUUGGAAGCUCGUCUGAAAAAUGAGCACAGAGCGCAAAUGGAGAUCCUGAAACGUGAUAGCCAGGGUGCUCUAGACACCCUAACCCUUGAGAACCAAGCCAAACUAAAGGAACUCGCGGAAUCGCAAUUGACGGAACGGAAGAAGCGCGAGAGCCUCAUCAAGGACUAUGAGGCACGCAUCGGUGAGCUCGCCGACACUCGAUGCAAGCUGGAAAUGGAAAUGGCUCUUAAAGAGACCGAAACCGAAGACCUACGCUUGCAAUACGAGGAUGCCAAGAACCAGCAGGAGGAGGCACUUAAGGCCGAGAUGGAGUCACGGACGAAGGCCCUCCGGGAGCAAGUCGAGGCGCUGACGCAGCAGCUGCAGAAGAAGAACGAGGAGCAUGAGCAAGGCCUCGCCGAGCUGCGCGCUCUCAUGCGCCUCGAGAAGGACCACUGCAUCUCGGAGCUGGUGGAGCGGCACGAUGAGGAGAGCACGCUGCUGCGCCACGAGUUCUCCGCGCUCAAGCAGAAAUCGCAGGACGCCGAGAAGGACCGCGAAGAACGCCUACAGGAGAUCCAGCGCCAGCUGGAGGACCAGCUCGUGACUUUACGCAAGGAACGGGAGGAGGAGCAGAGGGCGUUCAGCGAUAAAGAGCUCGACUUGCAAACCGCCGUCAGUGACCUGCAGGCCGUAAACUCGCUCCUGUCAGGGCAGCUGGAGCAGGAGCGUCAAGAGGCCCGCAGAACCGUAGAGGAGGAGAAAGAGGCGCUAAAACACGCCUUACUGCAGAAGGACGAGCUGGAAGCGAAGCUGUUAGGGAAAAUUAAACUACUCGAAGCUCAACUUGAGGAAAGACAAUCCACUGACAAUUACAGAGGAGCUGACGCCGGAGAUGGAAAAUCUGUGGACGUCGCAUUGCAGCAGAGGUUGGAUGAAGAACGAGCGUCCCUUCUGGGCCAGCUGGAGCUGCUGGAGAGGAAGAAGAACGAGGAGCUGCAGAAUCUGAAGACCUUGCUGAUCGCUGAGCAGCAGACUAAUUUCAAUACUGUACUGACGCGAGAGAAGUUAAAGAAGGAGCAGAUCAUCAACGAGCUGAGUGAGAAGCUGAAGAAGGUCAUGCUGCAGCAGGAGAAGGAUAAGAGCCUGAUUGAGUCUCUCUCCGAGGACCGAGCCACCAUCCUGCAGGAGAAAAAACACCUAGAGGAGGAGCUCAACCGCCUCCGGAGCUCCGCCCUCGUCUCCUCCGCUUUCUUUGUGCCCAAUCCCGUCGCCGUUGCCGUGGAGAUGCCCGGAGCGUACGGACCUGUCCCUGCUGAAGUCCCCGUCCUGCCUGGUCUGGAUUCGGAGCGGCUGGUGUCCGUGGCCGCGCUGCGAGACGAUGACCGGGUGGACUCUGCUGUCGAAGCGAGCAUGAUGACAGUCCAUGAUAACGCGCCGAUGCUGUCUGAGGAGAAGCAGCGGAUACUGAUUUUGGAAAGAACUCUACACAUGAAAGAAGAGGAGAACAAGCGGCUCAGCCAAAGACUGAUGUCACAGAGCAUGUCGUCCGUAUCCUCGAGGCAUUCGGAGAAAAUCGCCAUUCGAGAUUUUCAGGUUGGCGAUUUGGUCCUCAUAAUCCUGGACGAGCGGCACGAUAAUUACGUGCUGUUCACCGUCGGCCCCACUCUCUACUUCCUGCACUCGGAAUCUCUCGCUGCGCUGGACCUCAAGCCGGCGACUGGAGCUACGAGGAGACCCUGGGUCCUGGGGAAGGUCCUGGAGAAAGAAUAUUGCCAGGCAAAAAAGGCCCAAAACCGCUUCAAAGUUCCUUUGGGCACCAAAUUCUACCGAGUAAAAGCCGUGCCAUGGAAUAAGAAGGUGUAAAAUUGUACAAAAAAACAACAACAAACAAACAAACAAAAAAACACAACAACAAGCUAGAAUGUUUUUAUUGCUCUUUAUUUGAUUUUUUUUUUUUUUUUUGGCGGACAUCUUAUGAGCGUCACUCAGAAUUAUUGUUUCCUCACGGAAAGACAAACCAUUAUCACUAUUUCUUUUAUUUAAUUUUGUGUGGCAAUCCAUUUUAUUAUUAUUAUUAUUAUUAUUAUUAUUCUUAUGAAUAUAAUUUUAUUAGUUUGUUUUGUUUUGGGGUUUUUUUGUUGUUUUUUUUUUACCUCUGUUUAUUCAGAGGUUUGUAAAUGUGGACCAAAAUAUUCUGACUUGAAUAGGGCAAGUCUGUAAAAUUAACUCAAAGGAAAAAGAUAAAAAUCUAUUUGGAGGAUAUAUAUUAGUUCGUUAUAAUGAUUAAUAUUAUUAUUAAUAUUAUUUUGUUCCGUUGUGGGAAGAGAACAUUAUGGAAAGUAUCACUAUGAAAUAACAUGCGCAAGGUUUUAAAACUAUCCAUGUAUUGUAAAUGUUUAUGAGCGAAUGUUCACGGCAUGCAUAUACAUAUAUUUUCUUUAACUCUGGAUGUGUCGUAAUCGGAUAUGUAGGUUUUAAACAGCAGCAACAACAAAAAAAAAAAAACGUUACACGACAGCACACGACCCCCUUCACGAUUUUUUUUUGCGAUCUUUCCAAAAAAAAUGAAUAAAAAAAACCAACAGAAUGAAAUAAUGCACUUUGGGAGACGCGCCGAUCCAAACGGGAAGCAGUUGUGCUGGCGGGAAAACGAGCGCAAAAAUGAAAAUCAUUAGCAGCACAUAUCUUCCCACUGUUAGAGAACGUCAACGUGUAGAAACGGAAUACUUCCUGUUCGUUGAUGUGUGUUAUUCUUUGAUUAAAUCAUGACAUUGUAUAUUAUUCAUCAAAUUGCACAAGUUAAGGAAAUGAAACAUGAGUGUAUUGUAAAAGAGUUUUCAAACAAUAAAGGUUUGAUCCCACCUACUCUUGAGUAGCUGGUUAGUGAAAAAGGAAAAAAAAAAGACAGAUAAACUGUCAUGACCGUGGGUAUGGGAUAGAAAUGUUGAUUUAUAAUGCAUGUAUUUGUACAAGCGGAUAUAAUCGCGACCUGCUUACGUGUUGGAAGCGACUCUGCAGGUGUUCUCCUCACUUAAUCGUAAUCAUUCAGUAAUAUAAAAGAGGUUUUUUUUUCUUUUCUUUUACCAUAUACGUGCACCAUAGAUCGCUUUAUAUUUCUUUCUUUGCUGACGAAGGGGUUGCUAAUGAACCAGUUAAUGUGUGUUAAUCAUGUCCUUGUAAUUCAUUUUUGUCAUUUUUUUUUACUAAUACAAAUCAGAAACUGGUUUUCUACAUUGUGUGAUCAUGCAAACCCCCGAACGAACCUCUAGAUAAGUUGUUGUGGUGGUUAUAAUAAAACGAAUCAACUACAGGGUGGUGUGAUGAUGAUGAUGAUGCGGCGUUAGUGCUGCCACCCCGCCGUUGAUUAUUUUCCAAUCA